AUGGGCGAGCAAGAGAAGGCCAGGACCUCCGGCGAGAUACAGCCCAGUGCUGCCGCUGGACCGGUCAUGGCGAUGGAGAUCGAUGAUAGAAAGGAUGAUAGCCAGACGCUACCGACGGUCAACCCGGCAGCGAAGAGCGAGCCCCCCAAGCCUUCGCUACACCCAGCGUUCUACGUUAUUGCUUGGAUCACAAUGAGUUCAGCCGUUAUUCUGUUUAACAAGGACCUGCUCGAUAAGAAGCAGAACAAGUUCCCCGUCAUCCUUACAACAUGGCAUCUUGCAUUUGCGGCCUUCAUGACCCAGGUCCUAGCACGAACAACCAACCUCCUUGAUGGACGGAAGAAGGUGAAGAUGACUGGCCGUGUCUACCUUCGUGCUAUUGUGCCAAUUGGCUUCUUCUUCAGUCUAAGCUUGAUCUGCGGAAACAAGACGUACCUCUACCUCAGCGUUGCCUUCAUUCAAAUGCUCAAGGCCACUACCCCCGUUGCCGUGCUGCUCGUCACCUGGGCCCUCGGCAUCGCCCCACCGAACAUGAAAGUCCUCAUGAAUGUCUCCUUCAUCGUCAUUGGCGUUAUCAUUGCCUCAUUUGGUGAGAUUCAUUUCGUCAUGGUCGGAUUCAUUUUCCAGAUUGCGGGUAUUGUCUUCGAAGCUACACGUCUCGUCAUGGUGCAGCAACUUCUUAGCGCCGCGGAGUACAAGAUGGAUCCCUUAGUCUCCCUGUACUACUUUGCGCCCGUCUGUGCUGUCAUGAACGGUGUGGUUGCAUUGUUCAUGGAGGUGCCUGACUUGACUAUGGACCAUAUCCACAAGGCUGGUGUCAUCACCCUCCUUGCCAACGCAAUGGUUGCCUUCCUCCUCAACGUCUCUGUCGUUUUCCUGAUCGGCAAAACUUCUUCCCUUGUUUUGACCCUCUGUGGUGUUCUCAAGGAUAUCCUUCUCGUCACUAUCUCUGCUUUCUGGUGGAACACCCCUGUCACGCCCCUCCAACUCUUUGGCUACGCCAUUGCCCUCGGUGGUCUGAUCUACUACAAGCUGGGCGUCGAGAAGAUGAGAGAGUACACCAACCAGGGUCUCCGCCAAUGGGCAGAAUACUCCUCCACUCACCCGGCCAGAAGUCGCCUCAUCCUAAUCGGAAUGGGCGUCAUCGUCCUCAUCAUCCUCAUGUUCCAGUUCGGAGGCUCCGUCGAUCCCGGCGUCGUCAAGGGCAUGCUUCCAGGCAAAGUCUCCGGACAGUAA